CCCAGCGUGCCGCGCGCCGAGCCCGCGCGCCCGCUCUCUUCCUCGCAGCCUGCCUCGCCGUCGGUCUCCUCAGGCAGGCGGCGGCGGCGGCGACGGCCAGCCGGGUGGGCCGGCGAGGGCGAGGGCGGAGGGCGAGGCGGGCUUGAGCGAGGCGGCGGCGGCGGCGCGGCUGAGUCCGACCAUGUCGGGCGAGGAGGAAGCGGCCGAGCUGACGAUCGCGGAAGACGCGGUGGUGAACAAGUACAAGAUGGGGGGAGAGAUCGCCAACCGAGUCCUGCGUACUGUGGUAGAGGCAGCAAAAUCAGGAGUGUCUGUCCUCAGCUUAUGUGACAAAGGGGAUGCCAUGAUUAUGGACGAGACUGGCAAAAUCUUUAAGAAGGAGAAAGAGAUGAAGAAAGGUAUUGCCUUCCCCACAAGUAUAUCGGUAAAUAACUGUGUCUGUCACUUCUCCCCUUUGAAGAGUGACCAGGAUUACAUCCUCAAAGAUGGCGACUUGGUCAAAAUUGACCUAGGAGUCCAUGUUGACGGCUUCAUAGCAAACGUAGCACAUAGUUUUGUCAUUGAUGCAGCAAAGGAAAUUCCGGUGACAGGUCGCAAAGCUGAUGUCAUCAAAGCUGCUCACCUCUGUGCUGAAGCCGCCCUGCGCUUGGUCAAGCCUGGAAACCAGAAUUCCCAAGUGACAGAUGCCUGGAACAAGAUUGCUCAUUCUUUUAACUGCACACCGAUUGAAGGGAUGCUGUCCCACCAGCUGAAGCAGCACGUGAUAGACGGCGAGAAGACCAUCAUCCAGAACCCCUCAGACCAGCAAAGGAAGGACCAUGAAAAAGCGGAAUUUGAGGUCCAUGAAGUUUAUGCCAUUGAUGUUCUCAUCAGCACUGGGGAAGGAAAAGCCAGGGAUGCUGGUCAGAGAACUACAAUUUACAAAAGGGACCCUUCCAAGCAGUAUGGCUUGAAAAUGAAAACUUCCCGUGCCUUUUUCAGUGAGGUGGAGAGACGAUUUGAUGCUAUGCCAUUCACUCUCAGGGCAUUUGAAGAUGAAAAGAAGGCCAGGAUGGGUGUAGUAGAAUGCGCCAAACAUGAGCUGCUCCAGCCGUUUAAUGUCCUCUAUGAGAAGGAAGGGGAGUUUGUUGCCCAGUUCAAGUUCACGGUGCUUUUGAUGCCCAAUGGCCCCAUGAGGCUAACCAGUGGCCCUUUUGAGCCCGAACUCUACAAAUCAGAAUUUGAGGUGCAGGAUGCAGACCUGAAGGCACUCCUACAGAGCUCAGCAAGCCGUAAGGCCCAGAAAAAGAAGAAAAAGAAGGCCUCUAAGAAUGCUGAGAAUGCCACAACAGGAGAAACGGCAGAAGAGAAUGAAACCGGCGACUGACUCUGACUCCCUUUGCCUGGCAACUGAUCCUUUCUCUCUCAUGCCCCCACCCAAAACAAGAGAAACAAAUACCCCUUAAUGGUUGUUUGUCUCCUAGGACCAAAUGACGAGCAGCCUGGACUUCCCACGGAGUGCAGCCAGCUGUGACUGACUCUGCCACUGAGGGAGGAGUCUCCUGGCCAAUUCAAAAUACUUUUAAAAGUAUGAAAAAAUAAAAUCAGGAGUCAAAACUAGUCUAUAUCCAAUCUUUCUAAACUUUGAUACUACUUGUGCUCAUUGGAGGUGAACGAAUGCAGUUUUGAGCAAGAGACUGAGCUUUUCUCUCUUUUCCCCUCUCCAUUCCCUUUUUUGCGGGUACUUUGAUUCAUCUGAAAAAAUCUGUAGGCACCUUUCCCCACAACUGUUAAACAUCUGCCUUGGGGUUAGAAUCCUAUUACUGGCAGUUAGUAUAACUUGCGUGCCUCCUUUCUAUUCUGAACUUCAGGUAUUUUUUCCCAACUUAAAUCUUAGGAAUACCCCAUCCCCCACUCCUCAUUUAUGCUUUUAACAUCAGCAUGAAAUUUCUGUAAGGUCAUUCUUUCUGUGUCGAUUUAUGUCAACGCAUCAUUUAUUUUUAAUCAAUUUGUGUGGCUUGUUGGCUUUCAGUUAUCACCCUAGUGCAAAAUACAUGUUGCUUUUCUUGGAAAAUCCUUCCCAAGACCCAAAGGCAAUAAAACUGAUACCUACAGGAGCUUCGCAGCUCUUGAUUGAGGCUUUCUGAAAAUUACAAAGGAGCCGAUCCCUUGCUUUUUACCUGUCCCGCGUGCACUUGCUUUCCACAUACUGAAAUGUGUCACUGCCCCAGUGUUGUAUAAAGCAGAUUUUUUUUUUCAGAGGAAUUCCGCUUUUUUUACAUGAGUGAAUGAAAUGCUACAGAAGUGGUUGGACUAGACUCCAUUUGUUGGACUCUCUUUUCUAUAGUAUGUCUUUUUAAAUUGUCCUGCUGAACAAUGAUUGCGUGUUUUUCCCCCCCCUAUCUUAUUCCAAACCAGGUCCUGUAUAGGCACUUAUUGUAGCUGUACGGAAAGACGUGCCUGUAAAACUGCCCUAGAUGAAGGUGGAGUACCUGUGUGCUCCGGCAGGCAAAAGUCCUUGACCAAUAUAUCUGGAGUUUAAUAUUAAAAAAAAACACCCUUAUAGUUACUACCAAAGUUUAAAUCCGCUAAAAGAAAUUUAAAAGUAUCUUUCCCCCCCUGAAAUACUUUCCCCAUCACUCUUUGUAAAGUUUCUGUUUUAAUUUCUAAUUUGUCUCGCUCUUUUGUAAGGGUUGCUUUCAGCGCUGAGGCUGGGAAGUAAAAUGGGGGAUAUGUUGAGGGGCGGAAUCGUAUGGAAGCGGCGAGCGUGGAGGAUCAUGCACAAGACCUGCAGUUAACUGCCAGUUUAGUUACAAACGGCUCUCAAUUGUUAACCAUGAGCUUAAGGGAGAAAGGGGGUGGGUGGGUGGGGGAAAGAUACAGAUAACUUGUCCGUAACAAGGAACAUUUUAGCAUUUAUAAGUAAUGCAUUUUCUUAUCGUCCUUCCAUAAAGAAAGGCUGAGUUCAGCCACCUUAACAGUUUAUAAACCACUAAGACUUGCUGGCGGUUUAUUUAAUUUUCUAUCUUUAUUUUGGAAUUUUAAGGCAAUUGUAUCUCUUGAUAAAAAAAAAUGGCAGUUGGAAAUUUUGGAACAAAAUUCCCACAAACUGUUGUGUAAUUUGAUUUUUUUUUUCCAAAUAAAAUUGAUUAGUGACA